UUUCCCCUGCGUGAUGUAGCACAGAGGAUACGCAUACGGACGCAGACGACAUCUGAGAAGAAAACUCUUAUUACGGUUAGAUCUUGAAGAUGAAAUGAUCGGUAAUGCUUGGCAAUACACUUCGGAAGUGCAAUGGAUUUGCGUUCAUUUUAAUCUAACCUAAAAAAACAACAACAUUGGACUCAGCCGUGCAAUCUGCAAACACGGACUCGCCUCCCUCGUAAACAGCAUAGUGGAAAAUAUUCCUUCCGUUUUGAUUCCAUCUCGAAUCCACUGUUUUCUUAAGGAACCUCAGCAUGGCGUGGCCCUGCAUCAGCAGGGCGUGCUGCAUGGCCCGCUUCUGGAACCAGAUGGACAAGGCUGACAUUGCGGUGCCUUUGGUAUUCACCAAGUAUACGGACGCCUCGGAGAUGCAGCACGUCCAGCUGCAGCCUCCAUUAGGGGCCGGGCUCGCCAUAAAAACGCAGCCGCCCCGCACCCAGCGCCGCGCCGCCGCUCCGGGUCCACGCGCGCCAAGGAGGUGCGUCUCUGAGGAGCGAAUGUGCAGCUCGGUCAUGAGGGAGGACUUUAAACACUGGAGAGUGCGACCCGAACCCAGCUGUAAACCCAAGAACGAGUACCACGGUCCAGAAAUACCCUUCAACAGCGAGACUCAGUACCAGAAAGACUACAAGGCUUGGCCCAUGCCGAAAAGGUACGACCACCCGUGGAUACCUAAACCACCCGCCACUAUCUCCGCCGGUGACGACCGCCCAUUGGACAGGUCCAGACACGGAAAACAUCACCUGGCGGAUGGCGAACACGGCGUGGAGAAAAGCACCAUCGCUGACAGAGUGCAAGAGAAAGACCUCAUCCAAGGCCACGAGAGGAAAAAGAGACCGAGCAAAAAGGCAGAAGGUGAGAAGAAAGUAGUCCUCAAGGUAGAAGGAGAAGGACGGGCUGCUGUGGAUGCCGUCAACAGGCAAAUUAAACAGGAGAUUGCAGCCGGCAGUUCUUACAAAACCGAAUUUAAGGCUUACAGAGAUGUGAAGCCUACACGGAUGAUCCGGGCCAAGUCCCAGUACCUACCUCCGGACGAGAGGACUCGGCUGGAAACCAGCUAUAGUGCGACAUUCAAAGGACAAGCUCCACUUCAGCCUACUGACAAUAAGGCCCAGGAGAGGAGGAGGAUACGCAGUUUGUACAGCGAGCCAUACGUUGACCCCAUUAAACAGGUGGACAGGUCUACUGUCCCUCGCACUAAAGCCAGAAAGCCCCGGGCCGUAGCAUCGGGCCAGGGCAAUCCGGUGAAGAAAGCCAAAGAUAAGCAGAGCACGGCACUGAGGGGCUCCAGGAAGAUGACCUCGGAGAACCAGCCCAUGAGCCGGCCAGCGUUGGGGGACAAGGAGAAAAGUAAAGAGAUGAACAACAAACUGGCUGAAGCGAAAGAGGUUGCGCUAAAACAACACCACUACGUACAACUCUGCCAGCCAAUCCGAGAUAUUGGCUGGGUACAGACCCUAAAGCAACACCUGUGGGGCUGUGCGCUACCCAAUCCCAGAGAUGCUCAGGACGAGUUUGUCCGACCCGAUCAUCAUCAUUCCCAGGGUGCUUCUGGAGGAGAAUCAGGACCACUACUGGAAAGACCCGAACAGCGACGCAGCAGCGGAGUUGUGCGAUUUGCCCUCGAUUUGAACCAGACUGAGUAGUAUUGUGACAAUCACACACAAAUACACAAACACACACACACGUGCAUGUCUGAAAUAGUUUUUUGGUCCUUAAACAACUCUUUGGCCUGCGAUAUUAACGAAAAGGUGCUAUCUAGUUGUUUUUUCUUGUUUUAUGCAUAUUGUAUUUUGAAGCUGUAUUGAUAAUAAUACAAAAAACACACACCAUAAAGUGCUAAUAUCACAUCUAAAGAAACCUGUAUACAGU